AUGACGGAAAGUUCUGAGAGGGAGUUUCACUUACGUGAGUUCAAAACUGUACGAAAUUUGGGCCAUGGGAAAUUCGGCAAGGUACUCCUAGUGAGCACCAAAGUUGACCAUGAAAGUGGCAAUUCUCGGCAUCCUACAUUGCAGCCUGGUGGGAAAUCUAACUAUUACGCGAUCAAGAUCGUUAACGUGCGGGAGUUGGAAAAACCCGUACUGAAUAUUACAGGAGUAUCUAAUUUGGCGAAAAUCAGAAGCGAAAUACACAUUAUUGACAUUAUCAGCCGGUACAACCACCCAAACCUCGUCCAGUUGUUUACCAUCAUACGUAAUGAGGCGAGCAACUUCAUAUACUUCAUCAUGGAAUACUGCUCGUGGGGGGAACUCACCCCAAACAACCUAAUUAGAGGUCCAAUAAGCGAUAGUCCAAUCAUCAACUUGCAGUAUAAGCUGCAGAACAUAGUGAACGGGCUGGAGUUCUUGCACUCACUCCGGAUAGUGCACCGGGACAUCAAGCCCUCGAACUUGCUCGUGGACCGAAAUGGUGUCGUCAAGAUUUCCGACUUUGGAACUUGCUACAGACUUUCCGGAGAUGCUGUAAACGACAGAUUCGAGAUAUUCAAGAAACUUGUGGGUACGCCUUUGUUUCUACCGCCGGAGAUUUGUUGCAACGAGUGCUCCAACAACAAGAAGGGUCUUUCUGGGUCGAAAGAGUCGAAAACACACGGGAAAUUCGACCGUUUUCUCCAAAGUUUCGUCCUGAAGCGGUCAGUGCAUAAAACAGAUGCAGAAGAGCCCUUUUUCAAGGUCGACAUCUGGGCACUGGGUAUCUCGCUUUACUACUUGAUAUUCAGGUGCUUCCCAUUCUAUGACGAGAACGAGUUUCGGCUUUUUAACGAUAUAGUGCGAGAUCAGCCGGCAAUUCCACCUUUUGCGUUUCAUGACACACUAUUGUGGGCAAAGCUCGAAUCCCGGCAAAGCGGGCACUCUGAGCACGAGCUGCGGCAGUUUUUCGACCUUCUUGUGGGCUUUUUGCGCAAGUUGUUGGACAAAGAUGCAAAGAAGAGACCGGGGAUCGAACAGGUGAAAAAACACGAUUUCAUGAAGUUCUGCGUGGAAAACCCUGCCUACCAGCACUUUCAACACUUCAAUCACACUUUCUUUAAUGCCUUCAACAUGUUAUCUGGGCAGUCUGAGACCAGAAAACGCUCAAACGGUACACCAAACGAAAAUGGGCUAGUCUGCAAUUCCGAGUCUUCCGUAUACUUGAAUGAUGUACUUAUGUAUCCUCCAGGAAGCCCAAAUAGCACACUAGGUAACUCUGGUGUGCACAGAAAUAGAACAACUCGACUUAAAGGCCCAUUUGCGAAUCUUUUUGACCAUCGCACGUACAAUGAUAUUGCAAAAACAGAUGAUCACUUAGAGGAUGAGGACAUUUCGGAUGGCUCGUCUUCAUCUGGGUCGCUUAUCGACUCUGUUGCACCCGAUUCUGGGUUUAUAGCGCCGUCCAGUGGCGGGUUAGGGUUAGGGUUGGGGUCGUCUGCGCUCUCGUUGCCGAUAAGCGCCCCGCAGGUGGCGCAUGGCCGCCGGCGCGCCGCAACCCCUGCGGCGCCUUAUGCGGAUCAGCGCACGGUUGCGGCACCAAAGGGUCUGAUAAGCGCAGCGCAGAUGCGCAAAGGAGGCCAACUCUCCAGGCACGGCAGUCGCCAAAGUGCCACCAACGGCGACAAUUUCGGAUCAUCUGGGCCACUGAGCCGGUCAGGCACCUCCCACAGUACAAGUAGGAGACCACUUCACGUACAAACUGAGUUUGAUAGUCGAUAUUCGCCGUCUCCCUCACCGAUUAGCCCCUGUUUCCCAAUAGUGCACAAGAAUCCAAGUGGUGUUUCUGCAAUUAGCCACGAGAAUCAAAGAUCCAGAGCCCGGAACAGGGACUCGGUGCUCACAAUCAAGACUUUACCGCCGAAAUUUGGCGAAAAUCCGCUGACCCCGGAUCUUCGUCCUCCAGCAGCUUUUGGAGAGGAAAAAAGAUCACAUUCGUUUUCCAAGCUUAAGCAUAGCGAAAAUAUUGACUUCAAGGCGUUUUUCCGGCAGGAGAAGGAGGAGCAGCGCAUAAAGGAUGCAGAGGAGGAUAAGAAGCUUGGUGAGCAGUAUAGGAUGUACACGAUGGAUGAGUAUUUGGGAGGUUUAAAGUGA